UCCUCCACCACGGGCACCAUGAGGAGUCUCUGGGCCCUGGCGCUCGCCGGGCUCGUCAGCGCCUGCCAGGGGAAGGAGCUGCCGCCAGAGGAAGGGGAGCUGUGCCCGCAGCUCUGGGACGAGGAUCUGGUUGGGGACAAGUACGAGAAUGUCACGGGUUUUAACCUGAUUAAAAGGUUUGAGCUGCUGAAGAUCUCAUCCAUCAAGAAGAUCCGCAGCGCCCGGGGACCGGUGGUGCUGCGCCUGGGCACCGUGCCCCUGGUCCAGCCCACGCGGCAGGUGUUCCCCCGGGGGCUGUCCCCCACCUUCACCCUGGUCCUCACCUUGCUGCUGAAGAAGAACAGCACCGGGGAGCACUGGUACCUCUUCCAGGUCACCGACCGGCAGGGAUACCCCCAGCUCUCCCUGUCCGUGCACGGCCCCGAGAAAAGCCUGGAGUUCCAGGCCAGGGCGCCGGGGGCCAGCUCCGUCAGCGCCGUCUUUGCGGGCAAGGCCGUGGCGUCCCUGUUCGACGGGAGGUGGCACAAGGUGGUGGUGGCCGUGCAGGGCCACGCUGUGUCCGUGCACCUGGACUGCUCCUCCAUCUCCUCCAAGCCGCUGGGACCGCGGCAGGCGCUGGCCCCAGAGGGCAACACCUUCCUGGGGCUGGACGCCGUGCGUGGCACCCCGGUCCGGUUUGACAUCCAGCAAGCCCAGAUCUACUGUGACGCCGAGCUGGCCAGGCAGGAGGGGUGCUGCGAGAUCUCAGCUGGUGGGUGCCAGACAGAAGCACCCAAGACUCGCCGGCAAGCGGAGCUGAUGCAGAGCAGCAACCUCAUCGAGAUGGUGCCGCAGCCCGAGGGCCGGGUGUUCACCCGCUGCUUCUGCCUGGAGGAGCCGCUGGGCACCGAGCCAGGGAGAAGCUCAGGAAGGACCAGCCUGAGGGACGAUCCCAAGGAAAAGUGCCCUCCCUGCUCACCCCAGGCGGCAUCAGGAAAUGUCACCCUCGGUCCCACAGGUCCAAAGGGCACCAAGGGCGAGCGGGGCCUCCCUGGCACUGCCGGUGGCAAAGGGCAGAAGGGUGACCGUGGCAUGGACUGUGUGCGCACCCACCCUGGCGGCCCCGUGCAGUGUGCUGAGGGGCCGCAGGGUGAGAAGGGGCAGCGUGGGCAGGUGGGACUGCCGGGGCCAGCUGGCGCAGAGGGGCAGAAGGGCCAGAAGGGCGAGAAGGGUGACGGGGGACUGCAGGGCAAGCCGGGGCGCCCCGGGCGUGACGGCCGGCCUGGAGAGAUCUGCGUGGUGGGGCCCAAGGGCCAGAAGGGUGACCCGGGCCUCGUGGGACCUGAGGGGCUGGCGGGUGAACCAGGACCCCCAGGCAAGCCAGGCUCUCCAGGGAUUGGCAUUCCAGGGAAGCCGGGUGACCCCGGUGGCCCCCCAGGUCGGAAGGGAGAGAAGGGCAGCCCAGGAGCUCCUGGACCCGGAGGAUCGCCUGGGACACCCGGUCUCCCCGGAGUCCUGGGGCCGAAAGGAGACAAGGGCGAGCCGUGCGAGGUGUGUCCCACUGUCCCCGAGGGAACGCUCGGUGCCGUCGGAAUUCCCGGCAAGCCAGGACCGCGGGGAGAGCCCGGAGCGCCCGGCAGGGACGGGAUCUCAGACACCCCCGGCCCCGCAGGACCCAAAGGGGACAGGGGAGAUCCCGGCAUCCAGGGGAUGAAAGGGGAGAAGGGGGACUCGUGCCAGUCCUGCGAUCUCCGCAUCCUCGCCGCGCUGCGCGAGGUUGUGCCGGGGCUGCCGCAGGGCGAAAUGGGGCUCUCCGGGCUGGCUGGGAUCAAGGGCGAGAAGGGGGACAGUGGCCAUGUGGGACCCACGGGCAGACCGGGAACCCCGGGAGAGAAGGGAGAUCCAGGUGUGCAGGGGCUCAAGGGAGAGAAGGGCGAGCAAUGCGGGCAGUGCCCUCCUACCCCGCAAGCCCUCCGAGGCACAGCGACAGUGCAGGCAGUGCCGGGGCCACCGGGAGAAAAGGGCCCUGGUGGCCCCCCGGGCAGAGCGGGCAGACCCGGCGACGCUGGCGAGAAGGGACAGAAGGGCGACGCUGGCAGCCCCGGGGACCCGGGCAGCCCGGGCAUGGCCGGUGUCCCAGGGCUGUCGGGUGAGCCUGGCAUCAGGGGACCAGCCGGCCCCAAAGGCGACAAGGGAGACGCGUGCCAGCCCGGCCCCGCCGGGCUCGGGGACCUCUUGGACACGGUGGGAAUCCCGGGAAAACCCGGAGCCAAAGGGGACCAGGGCCCACCGGGCAUCGGCCAGCCGGGCAGACCCGGGAAGCCGGGGCUGCCGGGGGUGCAGGGCCCUGCUGGGCCGAAGGGGCUGCAGGGUGAGCCAGGACCGCGGGGGAUCAGCCAGCCAGGACCACAGGGAGACCCCGGGAGCACCGGACCCCCUGGACCCCCUGGCCCCCCCGGACCGCAGGGACCCCCGGGGACAGCAGCAGAGAAAGGUGCCAAGGGAUCUCCGGGCCCCAAAGGUGCCACGGGACCCCCUGGACCACCAGGGAGCAGCGUCACAGGGCCACCGGGCCCCGAGGGGCGGCAGGGGCUCCCUGGGUCCAGCGGGCAGCCGGGGGAGAAGGGUUCCCGGGGAGAGAAGGGAGACCCUGGGGAGUGCUCCUGCCCCUCCAGCCCCCGCCAGGACCCCAACUACAACGGGAUGCCGGUGAGUGUCCCACCCCUGCCCUCACAAGCAGCCCCCCGGCCCCGUUUCACCCUCCCCAGUUCUCUCCCCAUCUCUCACCCCUAGGGAGCCCCAGGAUUAUGGACUGGGAUGUCCUGGCAGCCCCAGCCUGGCCCGCAGGGCCCCCCCGGAGCUCCCGGCCCCCCCGGCCCCCCCGGUGCCCCCGGCCGCCAGGGCAUGCCGGGACACAACGGUUUACCCGGGCUGCCUGGACCGGCUGGAGACCUGGGACCGCUGGCCGUCAUGACUGAGAGGAACAUGGAGGUGCUGAAGACUCUCUGCGGGGACUGUGCCCAGCUGCAGGCAGCCCUGGAAGCUCCGGGGGAAGGGGAGAAGGGGGAUGGGGGCAUGCCAGGUGUCCCUGGCAGCGAGAACUGUGCCCGGUGCUUUGCCCAGUUCCCGCGAGCGGAGGAGGCUCGGGGUGACAGCCCUGACUGUGCCGGUGACCCCGGGCUGCCGGGUGCCCCAGGAAUCCCAGGAGAGAGAGGAGAACAGGGCUCACCAGGACUGCGCGGACCUCCGGGACCACCCGGACCCAUUGGCCCCCCAGGCUUUCCUGGAACGCCGGGCGCACCCGGACUGCCCGGUCUCCAAGGGGACCGCGGCCCUGCUGGGCUCGCUGGAGCCAAAGGGGAGCCGGGACCUCCAGGACAACCUGGCUACCCCGGGGCCACGGGGCCCCCCGGCCUUCCUGGCAUCAAAGGCGAGCGAGGCUACGUGGGUCCCCCCGGAGAGAAAGGGGAGCUGGGACCCCCUGGCGCGGAUGGGCUGCCCGGUUCCAUGGGGCCAGCGGGUCCCAGGGGUGAGCGUGGGCUCCCGGGAAGCGCUGGAGAGAAGGGGGACCAGGGUUUCCAGGGCCAGCCUGGCUUCCCGGGACCACCCGGUCCUCCUGGUUUCCCUGGAAAGGUUGGUCCAGCCGGGCCACCAGGGCCUGUGGCCGAGAAGGGCAGUGAGGGCGUGCGAGGCCCCACGGGAAUGCCAGGACCCCCCGGGCCCCCUGGACCCCCGGGAAUCCAGGGCCCUGCUGGCUUGGAAGGACUGGAUGGCAAGGAUGGGAAGCCAGGGCUGAGGGGUGACCCUGGUCCCCCCGGGCCACCAGGGAUGAUGGGUCCUCCGGGCUUCAAGGGCAAGACAGGACACCCAGGGCUCCCGGGACCGAAGGGCGACUGCGGCAAACCCGGCCCCCCGGGCAGCACGGGCCGGCCGGGAGCAGAGGGUGACCCCGGACCCAUGGGACCCCAAGGUCGGCAGGGACCCCCAGGGCUCAUCGGACCCCCCGGCAACCCGGGACAGCCGGGUCCCGCUGGCCUCGCUGGAGUGGGGCUGAAGGGCGAGCGAGGCUCCGUGGGGGAGCGGGGUCUGCCGGGAAUGCCAGGACAGCCGGGACCCCCGGGACACCCGGGACCACCGGGAGAGCAGGGACCGGACGGACCCGUUGGGAAAGAGGGACCCCCAGGAAAACCGGGCAUUGCGGGCCCAGCCGGACAGAAGGGUGACGCUGGGUCCCCCGGCGAGAGGGGCUACCCCGGGGAGAAGGGCAGAGCCGGAAUGCCCGGGGGUCCAGGGAAAAGCGGCUCCAUGGGGCUUGUGGGGCCACGGGGACCCGCGGGAGAGAGGGGACCCCCGGGCUCCCCGGGCCCCGCGGGCAGUGCCGGGCUGCCGGGACCCCCAGGGAUGAUGGGAGAUGUCAAUUACGACGAGAUCAAGAGGUUCAUCCGGCAGGAGCUGAACAAGAUGUUUGACGAGCGGAUGGCGUAUUACACCUCGCGGCUGCACUUCCCGGUGGAGAUGGUGGCAUCCCCGGGCCGGCCCGGUCCCCCCGGGAAGGACGGGCUGCCCGGCCGGCCGGGACCCCCCGGCUCCCCCGGGAUGCCGGGACAGAUCGGCAGAGAGGGGCGGCAGGGCGUGCCAGGCAUGCGGGGUGAGCCAGGCGCCAAAGGAGAGAAAGGCGAGAAAGGCGUGGGACUGAUGGGGGACAGUGGCCCCCCGGGACCCCCAGGUCCCCAAGGGCCACCAGGCUAUGGGAAGAUGGGUCCCCCGGGCCCCGUGGGACAGCAGGGCAUCCCCGGCAUCCCCGGCCCUCCCGGUGCCACGGGGCAGCCGGGCAAGACGGGGCACUGCAGCCCGGCCGAGUGCCUGGGGGCCGUGCCCAUGGAGCAGCCGCUCUUCCAGCCCAAGAACGUCAAGGGUCCCUUCGGCUGA